UUCAAACCUGACGAAAUCUCAAUAUCUACCCAAACCCAUUUAAAGCCGGAAUCAGGCCGCCUUGAUUAGCUCUAUUAGUGGCACAAGUGUCAUGGCAAUAUGAUAGCAUGCCAUAGACUUUUCUUUUGAAACCAUAUCAUAGACUUUUCAAUCUAUCAUCAAACCUGGAAAAAAAAGAGCAACACAAAUUCAGAAGAGAGAGUGAGAGAUGGAGGAGGCAAGGGCAGUGGUGAAGCAUGUACUGUUAGCAAAGUUCAAAGAUGACAUUUCACCCGAGCAAAUUGAAGAUCUCAUCAAAGGCUAUGCUAAUCUCGUCAAUCACAUUGAACCCAUGAAAGCCUUUCACUGGGGCAAGGAUGUAAGCAUUGAGAACCUGCAUCAGGGUUUCACUCAUAUCUUUGAGUCCUCAUUUGAGAGCACUGAAGGUGUUGCAGAGUAUGUUUCACACCCGAAGCAUGUUGAGUUUGCAAACCUCUUCCUUGCCCACGUGGACAAGGUACUUGUGAUUGACUACAAACCUACUACUGUUCGUUGUUGAAAAAGCAACUGAAGGAUUGGAGAACGAUGUAUUUCUGUUCUGUGAAUAUAUCAUCACAUAUGUGUAGAUGAUUUGGUCCAAUUGGGAAUUUGGGAUUUUGGAUCAAAUUGAGUACAUCUUUUAGAUCUUUUGGGAAUUGCUGUAAGCCUGGAUCUUUCUAAAAGGGGCCCAAGACGAUUUAUACCUGAUGUUAAGGGCGUUUAAGCCAUUAUGUGCUUUUUCAACCCUGAAGCUAUUUGAUACGAUUGAAUUUGACUGAACUUCUAUGAACUUUUUGUCUUAAAUGGAGUUAGAAUAAUGUCAUGAAACCUUGCAUAUGUUUG